GUGGAGUGGUUCCACGGCAAUUGCAGAGUCACGCGUUUAACAUUUCGCGAUCAGAGAAGGAAAUGGAGUUUUCUCAAGAAGAUUUUGAUCGCUUACUGUUAUUCGAGCACACGCGAAAGACCGCUGAAGCAAAGUACGCUGAAAACCCUCUCGACGCCGAUAAUCUGACCAAAUGGGGAGGAGCUUUGAUCGAGUUGUCCGCAUUCCAAAACCCUAGGGAUUCCAAGACAAUGAUUGAUGAUGCCAUUUCGAAGCUGGAGGAGGCUUUGUUGCUGAAUCCAACGAAGCAUGACACUCUUUGGUGCUUGGGAAAUGGGCACACGUCUUACGCGUUUCUAACGCCUGAUACAGCCGAGGCAAAGGGUUAUUUUGACAAGGCGCAUGAGUAUUUUCAGAAAGCUGUAGAUGAGGAUCCUGGGAAUGAGCUCUAUACAAAAUCCUUGGAAGUUGCUGUGAAGGCCCCUGAACUACACAUGGAGAUCCAUAAAAAUGGGCUUGGCCAGAUGAAUAGCACCGGAUUCUCCGCCACUUCAAAAGGAAAGGAAUCUAAAAGGCAGAAGAGCAAUGACCUGAAGUAUGACAUAUUUGGAUGGAUUAUUCUUGCAGUGGGUAUAGUAGCAUGGGUGGGAAUGGCCAAAUCUAACAUUCCCCCGCCACCUCCAAGAUAAACAUUGUUUCUCUAAUGUCUCAUUACCAAAGUAAUUCGUUAUAGGUUAUUCACUUUAGAUUGGAACUUGUGAACUUCUAUUGUUACAUUUGCGGGGUUUACAUACUGACUUCAUUCAUCAUUUAUGCCUUUCUUUACCGUUAAAAAGGUUGGUUUAUAAUAAUUAACUUUUUUAACAUA